AUGGCCGCCGCCUACCCAGACGCCAAGGAUAUGAAGAUUGUCGACAUGGACAAGGAGGGUGACGGAAUGAAUGAAAAAUUGAUGAAUUCUGGAGGCGAUACGAAGAAUUCUGAAAAGAAGAUGAAGGCUGAAAUCGUCGAGAAAAACGAGGAAAAUCGUCAGAAUUGGCGAAAAGGAGCAGUGAAGCUGGAGUCACAAGUCUCCAAGGACGUAUUCGCGGAUUCGGAUGACGAGGAGGAUUCAGAAUCACCGAUUCCGGAGGCAGCGGAUUCAGAAGAAGAGAAGAAGACGCAGGAGCACCUCAAAAUCAUGAAUAUCGAAUUCAUGGACAAAAUAUUUAAGGUCGCGGCCACAUUCCAAAGUACAAAGGAUCGGAUUGAAAUGAUUAAAGAGUUAGGUGAUAGAUAUUAUGAAGAUGUUAAAGUUAGGCACGCCCCCCAAGUCCUCUGUUUCCCCGCCACCCCAUUUACCGGUGAAGUAGUGAGUAGAAACAUCCAAAAAGCUUAUAUUGACCCAAUGCCCUCACUUAAUGUUGUAGAAUUCAAGAAAAGAAAAGGCGGAACUAUCGAUUGUAACUCGACGAAAAUUCCAAAAACUGAUCAAUAA